GAGAUGGGAAAUUGACGGCUCCUACUUUUGUCUCACUUUACUAAAAAUAUUUUUAAAAAGUAAACUGCCGUGAUAGUGGAUUAGAAACUUCCUUUUUUGAAAUAUUACAUGAAGAUGGCCGGCCUGGGGCUCUCUUUCAUAUUUCUUCUUUUUUUGUUUGGAGGCUGGUUCUACACCUUAACAGUUGCAAACCAUGAUAGCUGUCGGCGUCUCAAGUUCUUGCAACAGAGAGACGGAUAUGCAUUGUUGGGCCACGUCUUUAAAAACAUUUCAUUACCAGUCGGAAUGCAUCUAUAUAGUCACUGCAGAAAUUGGUGUACUAUGGAAGACAGAUGUAAAUCGAUCAACAUGGGACCCUCAGGAGAAAAAGACAAAGUUUUAUGUCAAUUGAGUGACUCGGACCACUUACAACACCUGUGCUACAACAAUGCAACUUGCCUGGUUGGAUUUACGAACAAGGGAUACAAGUGUUUGUGUCCACCUGGUUACACGGGAGAACAUUGUGAAAAAGAUGUAGACGAGUGUACCACCAAUACCCCAGACUGUGACGUCAAUGCUGAGUGCAGCAAUACCGAAGGUUCUUUUAACUGCAGCUGCAAGGUUGGGUUUAAUGGCGAUGGCAAGAAAUGCACAGAUGUAGACGAGUGUACCACCGAUGCGCACAACUGUGAUACCAAUGCUGAGUGCAACAAUACCGAAGGUUCCUUUAACUGCACCUGCAAGGCUGGGUUUGAUGGCGAUGGCAAAAAAUGCACAGCAAUUAAUCUUCAAGACCCCAUCACACGCUAUUUGACUAAGUUCAAGUGUUCUCAUAAAUCCAUCAUCGUUCUAUCACGGUGCAAGCUAGCUUUAGUAUUCUUUAUUUGGGGACGUUAG